AUGGGCGCCAUUGCCUGCGCAACUCUUGCUGGCGAUGCAGACACCAUUUCCAUAUUCAGCAAAGCGCAGGCACCCAGCAAACCCUUGAAAGGGCUAUUGGAGGUUGGGGUCCCGAACGGCUACACGCCAAUCUACUUGGCAGUGAGGUAUGCGUGGCAUUGCCCUGCAGUGCUAGACGGUCUCCUUGAAGCCAAGGCGGAUGCGAACGCAAUUGAUGUACCAGGAAUCCCUGUUCUAGCAUUAUGCGUAACUGUCAGGGAUGUUGUAAAGCUUGUUGAGCACAGAGCAGACGUGAACAAGCGAUCUGCCUACAUCAAAGUCCCCGUUCUGAGCUUGGCUUGCAAUGCAUGCGCCCCUCUGGCAGUGGUGGCCAAGCUCUUGGAAUUAGGUGCAGACGUGAGUCCACCCACAGUGGGCGGAUUUGGCACGGCCCACCCCUUUGCCCACCUUGCCCUCACAGCAGCUGUAAAUCCUCACUGUUUGGAGGUGGCCAGGCUUUUAGUGGCCGAAAGGUGUGAUAUUAAUCAGCAGUGCGCGGCUGGUGGCAUGUGGCGGCUGGUCGAGUGGGUCUCGCGCGCCUAUCUGUGGCUGGAAUCUGAAUCCAUGUCAGGAGGCGCAUUCAGCGUUCGGUGUCGAAUUUUGGCUUCGACCUUUGCGGAGUGGACCACUACGCCGUUGGGAUUUGCGUGCUUGUUUGGCAGUGAGCAGAUGGUUUGCUUCUUGCUGGAGGCUCGAGCCGACUCGGAGCUACGAAACGCGCGGGGGCACACGCCGUUUCAGCUGGCCCAAGGGUGGAAUGUGCUGAAGGUCAUUCAGGAGCACGAGGAGCGCCAAAAGCAAGAACGAGCGCACCGUGUCAACUCCUGA